AUGCUCUCUAGUCGUGAAGAUUUCAGCUAUGCACUUUACCAAUACACCCCCCAAAUUGCUCCAGCUAUCAUCGCGGCUGCGCUCUUUGUUCUAGUGGAAGCCCUAGGGUAUGGCGGACGCAUCUGGUCUCACUUCGACCCCACUGGCCUCCCCGGCUAUAUCAUUCAAUCACUUCUUAUCCUCAUUGCGCCUGCACUAUUCGCCGCCUCCAUAUACAUGGUGCUUGGCCGCAUUAUUGCCCUCGUAGGAGGCGAAACCCACAGCUGGAUCAAGUUGAAAUGGCUUACGAAGAUCUUCGUGAUCGGAGACUGCAUCUCUUUUGUAGUACAAGGCGGAGGCGGUGGCAUCCAAGCCGGAGGAACACUCGACCUUUUACACUUGGGCGAGAAGAUUAUCGUGGCAGGAUUGUUCAUCCAAAUCUUCUUCUUCGGAGUGUUCAUAACCAGUGCGAUCAGCUUUCAUCUGUGCAUCCGGUCACAGCCUACGAGAUUAUCGGGACUGGCUCGCAUACCGUGGCAAAGUCAUAUGGCCAUACUAUAUACGACCAGUGGGAUUAUCCUCGUUAGAAGCAUUUUCAGGGUUGUGGAAUACCUUAUGGGCAACAAUGGCUUUAUACUCAGGCAUGAGGUCAUGUUGUACAUCUUCGACUCUAUCUUGAUGAUAGCAGUUGUUGCACUUUUCAUUUGGCGCCAUCCCGGAACGCUGUUCCUAACCAGCAGCAAGAGAGGUAGCUGGGGUAGAACUUCGGGGGCAGAGUUUGAUCUCUUAGAGAAUCGUUGA